AUGAAGCACAUCCUGCUAGUAUCCCAGCUGUUGCUCUUGGUUUCUCCUUGCUUCAGUCUGAAUAGCUUGCUACCGAAAUUCACAUCGCCGUUCCAGCCUGCCGCCACUUCUGCCAAACUCUCCAACACUGCCAUUGAACUUGAAGACAAGCUGCUGGAAGCAAUCGAGAAUGUUGAGGGACGUCUUGCCAACUCGGAAGAAAUCAACUCUUUGGUCCUUGCUCUAGAGAGUCAGAAAGAAGCAUGUAUUCCACAGCCGGCCAUUGCAAAAGAAGUCUACGGUCGAUGGCGAUUGCUCUACACAACCAACGCUGAAACCGCGAGCCCAAUCCAGCGCAAGGCUGUGGAUACCAGCAAAUUUCCCAUUUACCAAGAUAUUAUUUUCAAUACCGACAAUCAACUGGUCGUGAGUCAGGUUGUCAAAUUCAGUGAUUCUGCCGAGUUGAAAGUGGAUGCAUUGGCAUCCACAUCUGCGUAUCCUUUGGCGGAACUAACCGAACGCAAAAGCACCGGAACAGUGUUGGGUCUAAAUAUUUUGGGAGUCUCCUUGGUGGGAAAAGAGGCCGAGCCAGAUCCGACCCGCCCGGAUUCUAGGAUUGACUUUGUUUUUGACGAAGGAAAGUUUGACUUUGGAUCCAUCAAUGUCCCAUACCCAGUUCCCUUUCGCUCUCCUCUCUUUCGGGAUUGGGUCAAGGGAUGGAUUGAUAUCACUUGGUUGAGCGAUAGACUUCGGAUAUCUCGAGGAAACAAAGGCAGCACCUUUAUUCUUGUCAAGGAGGAAGAUAACUAA